AUGCUCGCCACCAGCUUUCCUAUUGCCAUUGCGGCCCUCGUGGCUAUCGUGGCCAACCCAACUGUCAAGGCUACUGAGCAUACUCUCUGCUUCAACUAUUUCAUGCAGAAGGAUGGGUGUGUCUUUUCAACUGCUGAUCCGCGUACUCGUUGUGAUAUCCAUGGUCACCCUCCCAAGAAGGGUGUAUGUGAGCUCAAACCUCCUGCAGGGCAAACUCACCAACGUCGUGAGGAACAUACUCUAGACCGUCGUUACGAUACUCCUGAGGGCGCUCAAAGUUUUUUUGUUGCUGGUGGAAAUGGAAUCUGCGGUUUCUAUGAUACCAAUAACCCCGGUGCUUGUCUUUGGACUGGAGCUGAGGACGCAGCAGGAAACCCGUUAGGAGGAUGGUUAAAUGACACGAAGACCUCGAAUUGUGGCAAGUUUCUUUAUAUCAUGCGGGAGAAACGACCUGAGACGGUAAUCUAUGUCCCCGUUGUUGAUGGAUGUGACUUUGGUGUCAAAACCCCAGACAACGGAUGUUUUCAUAUCGGUGUGACUAGAGCUACUUUCUUUGCUCUUCAACCUACAGAAGAAGAGAAGAACCAAGGUUACCUUACUGGUCUCACCUGGGAUUUCGACAACCUCAGUGGUCAGCACACCCGAAAUGGACCUGUUUAG